CUAUUUCCAUAUAUGUAGCGAGUAAAUAUGUUAGCUCCGGUGAUCAGGAGGCUUGGCGAGACUAGGAAACUUUAUUGCGCACUCCGGAAAAAGUGGUGGAAAUUGUUCAACAGUUCCGUUACUUCUGUAUCGUCAAUAGUGACUGGUUAUUAUGGGAUAAUAAAGUAUACGUUACCUGUGCCUGCUCGCUACUCUCCCCCCAUUUGGACUGGAUUGGCUCAGAGCGGGUUGGAGAUUGUUCAGCGAGGGAUUCGAAGACGCACGCCAAAUGACUCCAGGAGCAACACUGACAGAGAGAGAGAGACGGCCUGAUAACCCGGACCUUCCCCACCAACCCCAUCUACCAUCAUCAUCUCCGCCCUGCUCCAGAGGAGGGAACAGCAUUGACCUGCGCUCAACACAGUGGAAUCAUGACCCUAGCAGCGUACAGAGAGAAGUUGAAAGAGCUCCCCCUAGUGUCUCUGUUCUGCUCCUGCAUCGACCCUCAGACCAUCGACUGUAAACCCACAUACAAAGCAGAAGAUGCGGUGGAUCUGGGCUGGUGUGUGAUAAAGGACGUAGAGGUGAUAAAGUUGAACAAGCGUUCUUCGGGCCAGGCCUUUGAGGUCAUCCUGAAGCCCCCGUCGUUCGAUGGCGUCCCAGAGCUCAACGUUACCAUGCCCCAACGCAGGGAACUCUCCAAGGAGGAGAUCCAGAAGAAACUAGAGGCUGCAGAGGAGAGGAGGAAGUGCCAGGAGGCUGAGCUGCUGAAGCACCUGGCAGAGAAGAGAGAGCACGAGAGAGAGGUGAUUCAGAAGGCCUUAGAGGAGAACAACAACUUCAUCAAGAACGCCAAGGAGAAGCUGGAGCAGAAGAUGGAGGCCAACAAGGAGAACAGAGAGGCUCUACUGGCGGCCAUGUUGGAACGACUGCAGGAGAAGGACAAACAUGCAGAAGAGGUGAGGAAAAAGGUACUAGCUUUAGCAGAUGCGGUGGAUCUGGGCUGGUGUGUGAUAAAGGACGUGGAGGUGAUAGAGUUGAACAAGCGUUCUUCGGGCCAGGCCUUCGAGGUCAUCCUGAAGCCUCCGUCGUUCGAUGGCAUCCCAGAGUUCAACGCUACCAUGCCCCAACGCAGAGAACUCUCCAUGGAGGAGAUCCAGAAUAAACUAGAGGCUGCAGAGGAGAGGAGGAAGUGCCAGGAGGCUGAGUUGCUGAAGCACCUGGCAGAGAAGAGAGAGCACGAGAGAGAGGUGAUUCAGAAGGCCUUAGAGGAGAACAACAACUUCAUCAAGAACUCCAAGGAGAAGCUGGAUCAGAAGAUGGAGGCCAACAAGGAGAACAGAGAGGCUCUACUGGCGGCCAUGUUGGAACGACUGCAAGAGAAGAAUAAACACAGCGAAGAGGUGAGGAAGAAAAAAAGACCUGAAGGAGGAAGCCAGCUGGAAGACGAGUGGAGCGAGGGGAGCGAGAGAGCGAGGGAGCGAGGGAGUGAGGGAGCGAGGGAGCGAGGGAGUGGGUUUUGUGAGUCAAUAAAAAAAUAGACCUGAAAACAAGCCAAUCUGAACUAUCAUGCUAAUGUAUACGGUAACGAAUUGGAACAAGUGUACAAAAAUAAACAGGGAUUCCAAAACACACAACAAAAACAUUGUGAUGAAAUAAAAGAGACAAGGACGUGUCUGGCUGGCAAUGUAAGGUGCACCAGGGUGUGAGUGGAUCUAGGUGUGAAUGGAUGUUUUAAUGACUAUGUUAAUUAUGUGGGGACAGGCAGAGUGAAUCUGGUGUUUGUGGUGGAACACAGUGGAGUGGUAGGCUAUCAAUAUGGUGCCUCAGUCAGCGCCGAAACAUACAGUACCGCACCCUCAGAGCCCACUAUCCCAGAGCUGACUGAACACACCCUCAGAGCCCACUAUCCCAGAGCUGACUGAACACACCCUCAGAGCCCACUAUCCCAGAGCUGACUGAACACACCCUCAGAGCCCACUAUCCCAGAGCUGACUGAACACACCCUCAGAGCCCACUAUCCCAGAGCUGACUGAACACACCCUCAGAGCCCACUAUCCCAGAGCUGACUGAACACACCCUCAGAGCCCACUAUCCCACUAGCUGGCUGAACACACCCUCAGAGCCCACUAUCCCAGAGCUGACUGAACACACCCUCAGAGCCCACUAUCCCAGAGCUGACUGAACACACCCUCAGAGCCCACUAUCCCAGAGCUGACUGAACACACCCUCAGAGCCCACUAUCCCACUAGCUGGCUGAACACACCCUUAGAGCCCACUAUCCCACUAGCUGACUCAACAACAUCCACACUCUGUAUCUCACUUGCAGGCGCUUACACAUCAAAAUGAUUUAUAGUGUUAUAUGUUUUUCCCUACAGCUUUAUUGGGAUGCUGUAACCAACUCAUGCAUGUCAUUCACUCAUGCACUAUUCUGAAUUUACCGGGGAACACUGGCAAUGAUAAAUCAUUGGUGUAUAUCAGACAAAAGAUUGGAUUGUGUCAUUGGAAAAGGCUAAAUAUGUCUCAAAUACUCUCAAAUAAUUUUAGCAAAUGUAUUAAAAAUGACAUACAGAAAUAUCUCAUUUACGUAAGUAUUCAAAACAGUCAAUAAAUGUUUGAAUCCACUUU